AUGAUGGAUUUUCGUUACUCAGAACAUGUUGAUCCAAAGACGUACGAGACUCAUGGUCUCUGCGAUGGCAUUGAGCUACGCAUACAUAAAGAUCCUCAUGGGGAGAUCAAGGGUGCUUUGCGAUGCCAACGGGACUGGGCAAAACUGGUGGCACCGGUGAAUCAACCGUUCUGGGGCACACUGGGCGAUCCUUACAGCUUUGUUCGAGUGACUAUUCCAGAGACGCUCCCCGAAAGACUUGAGAUUUUAUCAUAUGCCAACGAAUUUGCGUUCAUAUAUGACGACGCAAUCACCGAGGACAUUGACCAGAAACUGGAAUCGAUUAAUCGCCGUGAGAUUCUCGAUGAGUUUGGAUCGAGUAGCUUUACGCUGCAACAGCAAAAGGACAUAGCUGAUCGCCACCAACAAGAUGUUGCACUUCGGCGAGAGGGUGUCAAGCAAAUUCAAGGGCAGAUUUUCGAAGAAAUGAUUGCUAUCGACAAGGAACGAGCGAUCACUACAAUGAAAAAUUGGCAGAAAUUCGUCCAAGUCCAGAGUAGCCGGAAGCGUUCAGAGCCGUUUUCCGGACUAGAUGAAUAUUUACCAUAUCGAAUAAGCGAUGCAGGAGAGCUAUUUUGGUUUGGUUUGAUCACAUUUGGGAUGGGUCUGACAAUUCCGGAGCAUGAGAUGAGUCUUUGCAAGAAGCUAGAUCGACCUGCCUGGGAAGCUCUAGCACUGACCAACGAUCUCUACUCGUGGGAAAAGGAGAGGGACGAUGCGGCUAAGGCCGGAGAAACGCUCGUCGUCAAUGCAAUCUGGGUUUUGAUGCAAGAAUACUCAAUCUCGGAACCCGAAGCUAAGGAUCUCUGUCGACAAAAAAUUAAAGAGUCUGUCUCCCGCGCUGUCAAAAUUGCCGAAGAAACCAAGGCACGAACCGAUCUGUCACUAGACUUGAGGCAAUACACCGAUGCUAUCACGUAUAGUGUCAGUGGAAACCUUGUCUGGAGUAUAUACUGUCCACGCUAUCAUCCAGCAGAAGUGGAGCGAAACGAAAUCUUCCUCUCAAAUUAUAUUCGCGAUGAGAGCCUAGGCCAGGAAAAUAAUCUCACACAGCAGCCACUGCCGACUCAGUCAGGUCAUGAUCAUAAACCACAGACUGACAAACACGCGAAGCUUGAGAGCUACAGCCAUAACAGCAACAAGUAUCCAUCGACUGACUCAAGCAGCCCCUCUUCAUUCCACGUGCGGCAGAACUCAGAUUUGUUGAACGUCGCAGUUGGCGGCGAACAGCUGCGUUAG